CUCCAUUUUGAACCGAAAGUGAAAGAACCAAUGAAAACAAUCACAGCACUGCACAGCAGAGCAAAUCUGAAUUGAAAUUUUGAGGAACCAACCAACACCACCUCCAAAAAGCAAAAGCCUGUGCAACCCCUUCUUUCUCUUUCGCCUAGGGUUUCUUCUCUUUUCCCUUUUCUGUUUAAUUCAUCUCCAUCACGCUUCACAGUGCCAGAGAUUCCCCUAUCAACUUAAAUUAGUAACCAUAAAUCUUCCUUUCCUAUUUUCCUCUUUUUUUUUUUUUUUGCUCUCUAAAUGGCGUUUUUUUGAUAGUUUGGGAACUAUGGUCCAGAGAUCAGCUUGAAUUCGAUUAGCUGGGCAGAAAGUGUUACCUAAUACCUUCCUGAGGAUGAAGAUCGGUGUCGUUUUGGCUCGGUCUGAGUUAGGCACAGCAUAACAAGGUUGUGGAGGAUGUUCGUGGAAAACAGAUCUUUGGUCUUUUUCGCACGAGGUUACUUUUCAAGGCUCUGAUCUCGAAAGAUUGGGUGUUCUCUCUUGUUUGUGGCUGUCUCUUACUAAGGAAACAAGGGUAGAGUGCGUGCUAUUUGAGUUCGGUCAUUUGGUUCUGCAAAUUCUCACGGUUUUCGUUGCAAAUGCAAAGUUGGUGUUGAAGAGUGGUUGAAAUUGUUGUUGUGAGGUUUGGUGUUAAUUUAGCGAUGGCAAUGUCCUGCAAGGAUGGUAAACAAGGAUUGGACAACGGGAAGUAUGUCCGUUACACACCUGAGCAGGUUGAAGCCCUUGAGAGGCUUUAUCAUGACUGCCCCAAACCCAGUUCCAUUCGCCGCCAGCAGCUCAUUCGUGAGUGCCCUAUUCUCUCUAACAUUGAACCCAAGCAAAUCAAAGUGUGGUUCCAGAACAGAAGGUGUAGGGAGAAGCAGAGAAAAGAGGCUUCGCGGCUGCAAGCUGUAAAUAGGAAGCUGACUGCCAUGAACAAGCUGCUGAUGGAGGAGAAUGAUAGGUUGCAGAAGCAGGUGUCUCAAUUGGUGUAUGAAAAUGGCUAUUUUCGUCAACAUACCCAAAAUACUACGCUUGCGACCAAAGACACCAGCUGCGAGUCAGCUGUGACUAGUGGUCAACGCAGUUUGACAACCCAGCAUCCCCCAAGGGAUGCAAGUCCUGCAGGGCUUAUGUCCAUUGCAGAAGAGACUUUAGCAGAGUUUCUUUCAAAGGCUACUGGGACUGCUGUUGAGUGGGUCCAAAUGCCUGGAAUGAAGCCUGGUCCGGAUUCCAUUGGAAUCGUUGCUAUUUCUCAUGGUUGCACUGGUGUGGCAGCAAGAGCCUGUGGCCUAGUGGGUCUUGAACCCACAAGGGUUGCAGAAAUUCUCAAAGAUCGGCCUUCAUGGUUUCGUGAUUGCCGAGCUGUUGAUGUUCUGAAUGUGCUGCCCACUGCAAAUGGUGGAACCAUAGAGCUGCUUUAUAUGCAGCUAUAUGCACCAACCACAUUGGCACCUGCCCGUGACUUCUGGUUGUUGCGCUACACAUCUGUUUUAGAAGAUGGAAGCCUAGUGAUCUGUGAGAGGUCUCUUAAAAACACUCAAAAUGGUCCAAGCAUGCCUCCUGUGCAGCAUUUUGUUAGAGCAGAGAUGCUUCCUAGUGGGUACCUGAUAAGACCUUGUGAAGGAGGUGGUUCCAUCAUCCAUAUAGUUGAUCAUAUGGAUUUAGAGCCAUGGAGUGUUCCUGAAGUACUGCGCCCCCUGUAUGAAUCAUCAACAGUGCUGGCUCAGAAGACAACAAUGGUGGCCCUACGUCAACUGAGGCAGAUUUCACAUGAAGUUUCUCAGUCUAAUGUCACUGGGUGGGGGAGACGACCGGCAGCCCUUCGAGCACUUUGCCAGAAAUUGAGCCGGUUAAUAUAUUCAACUGGGGCAUUAUUUUUGUUGAAUUUCAUGGAAUCUAAAUUUGGAAUCUCAUAUCCAUUUCCUGGCAGGGGUUUCAACGAGGCGAUCAAUGGGUUUACUGAUGAGGGAUGGUCAGUUAUGGGCAAUGAUGGUGUUGACGAUGUUACAGUUCUUGUGAAUUCAUCGCCUGACAAAUUAAUGGGUCUGAAUCUCUCCUUUGCCAAUGGAUUCCCAUCUGUCAGUAAUACAGUCCUAUGUGCCAAAGCUUCAAUGCUAUUGCAGAAUGUACCUCCUGCCAUUCUGCUAAGAUUCCUACGGGAGCAUAGAUCAGAAUGGGCAGACAACAACAUGGAUGCGUACUCAGCUGCUGCCAUUAAAGUUGGUCCUUGUAGCUUGUCAGGAUCUCGAGUUGGAAAUUUUGGGGGUCAAGUUAUUCACCCUUUAGCCCACACUAUCGAGCAUGAGGAGUUUCUGGAAGUCAUUAAAUUGGAAGGAAUUGCUAAUUCUCCUGAAGAAACAAUAAUGCCCAGAGAAAUGUUUCUUUUGCAACUCUGCAGUGGAAUGGAUGAAAAUGCUGUUGGAACCUGUGCUGAACUUAUAUUUGCUCCAAUUGAUGCAUCCUUUGCUGAUGAUGCCCCCCUUCUGCCUUCUGGAUUUCGCAUAAUUCCUCUUGAUUCUGGAAAGGAAGCAUCCAACCCAAAUCGCACCCUUGACCUGGCAUCUGCCCUUGACAUUGGCCCUGCUGGAAACAGAACAUCAAAUGAUUAUUCUGGAAAUUCUGGCUGUAUGAGAUCUGUGAUGACAAUAGCAUUUGAAUUUGCAUUUGAAAGUCAUAUGCAAGAACAUGUUGCAACCAUGGCACGACAAUAUGUUCGUAGCAUUAUAUCAUCUGUCCAAAGGGUAGCAUUAGCUCUUUCACCUUCUCAUUUGAGUUCACAAGCUGGGCUUAGAACACCACUGGGUACUCCUGAAGCUCAAACACUUGCUCGUUGGAUCUGCAAUAGUUAUAGGUGCUACUUGGGUGUUGAGCUACUUAAAUCUAAUAAUGAGGGGAACGAAUCUUUGCUGAAGUCCUUGUGGCAUCACUCAGAUGCAAUAUUGUGCUGCACUCUAAAGGCGUUGCCAGUAUUCACUUUCGCAAACCAGGCAGGGCUUGACAUGCUGGAGACUACCUUAGUUGCUCUACAAGAUAUAACGUUAGAGAAAAUAUUUGAUGAUCAUGGUCGAAAGAUUCUGUGCUCAGAGUUUCCCCAAAUUAUUCAACAGGGUUUUGCUUGCCUUCAAGGUGGUAUUUGUCUCUCAAGCAUGGGGCGACCUAUCUCAUAUGAAAGAGUAGUGGCUUGGAAAGUGCUGAACGAAGAAGAGAAUGCUCAUUGUAUUAGCUUUAUGUUUAUGAACUGGUCUUUUGUUUGAUAUGAUAUAAUUAGAUAAUAGGAAUCGAAGUGUUAAAGAUGAAGCACAGUUUCUUAAGACUUGUUUUGUUGCUUGGUGUUUUGAUGUAUUUUCUGCGAAGACUGGAUUGCAUGAAAAGACGAGUAAUGUGUUAGCCUAUGUCGCAUAUUUCCUCAUUCAGCUCCGUUAUGUAUAAAUUGUCGUUCUUACUAUGUUUUACACUGACUUACACACUGAUGUUCGAAGAAAUUUUUAUUC